AUGAAGGGAGCGAUCGAGAGAAGCGAUCGAGAGAAGCGAUGGAAGAAGGCAAUGGAGGCAUUGGCGUUUCAAUUAUCGCCGACGCUAGCAGCGCGCGGCCUUUUGCGGCGCGCCAGCGCAUGGCCCUCUCCGCCGCGCUGUUCCUUGACCUACGCCGCAACCCUGGCCUAUUCCAGUAGUGACCGUACUAGAGACACCCCUUGGAGACAGGGUUUCUCUCCACCCAUCGCUCUUCCCAUCCGUCUUCCCAUCCGUCUUCUCAUCGUUCUUCCCAUCCGUCCUCCCAUCUGUCUUCCAAUCAGCCUUCCCAUCGACCGUCCCAUUGGUACUCGCAGUGGUUCGCUUACUGGUCCUCUCACUGGCCGUCCAUCUGUCCUCCUAGUCGUCUUCCGUAUCACUUGUUAA